UACUGAACGACGGGUUCACAGCUGGGACUGAGAAGCAUUUUGCCUCUAUAAUGCAGCAGCACACAAAUGAAGUAGCACAUGAACGGACGCCAAACGGUCAACAUUAAUCUCGUUUAAAUCUAAAAACAGUUGAGAAACUCUGAUGGAUACUGCGGACUUUAAUGAGCAGAACUGCCUGCCUGCUACUUACUCAGUUUGCGUGCCUCUUUUGAGCGUCAACGAAGCCCAUCUGUCAAAAGUCCAAAGUGCUCUCAAAGAUGAAGCGCGCUGUCAGUGAAAAUCGUAAUCAUCAUCAUCUGUACCGAGUUAUGAUGCUGAUGUGCCGCGCUGCGCUGAGGUGUUCACUAAAACGAGAAGAACGGCUAAAUUAGAGGCUCUUACCUCACGAAAUUCUGCUCUGACUCAAAACAACUUUUCUAGCUAUGUUUUUCGAGCGGGCUGAUUUAAACUACAGCUUUAACAUGAGUGAGGAAGACCGGCUAACUCUUCUGGACGGGGACUGGAGCGACUCGCCGGUGGAGACGCUCUCACGCGCGGGCUUCAUCGCGCUGUCCGUGUUUCUAGGAUUCAUCAUGACUUUCGGCUUUUUCAAUAACUUCGUCGUGUUAGUACUCUUCUGUAAGUUUAAGACGCUCAGGACACCGGUUAACAUGCUGCUUCUUAACAUUAGCGUCAGUGACAUGCUGGUGUGUAUGUUCGGGACGACCCUGAGUUUCGCGUCCAGUGUGCGGGGACGGUGGCUGCUCGGGAGGCACGGCUGCAUGUGGUACGGCUUCAUCAACUCCUGCUUCGGCAUCGUGUCUCUGAUAUCCUUGGUGGUUCUUUCUUACGACCGCUACAGAACAUUGACGGUGUACCAUAACCGCGGUCCAGACUAUCGCAAACCUCUUCUGGCAGUACUGGGUUCGUGGCUCUACUCUUUGAUCUGGACAGUGCCCCCUCUUCUGGGCUGGAGUAGUUAUGGGCUGGAGGGAGCAGGAACCAGCUGCUCUGUAUCUUGGACCGAGCGCUCGACCCAGUCCAAUGCCUACAUUAUCUGCCUGUUCAUCUUCUGCUUGGGACUUCCAGUGCUCGUCAUGGUUUACUGCUAUGGGAGACUGCUGUACGCCGUCAAACAGGUAGGGAAGAUACGCAAGACAGCAGCGCGGAAACGGGAAUACCACGUUUUAUUCAUGGUUAUCACCACGGUGGUGUGUUACCUUCUGUGUUGGAUGCCGUACGGUGUCGUGGCCAUGAUGGCUACAUUUGGCCGGCCAGGAAUCAUCUCACCUGUGGCCAGUGUGGUCCCCUCUCUCCUCGCCAAGAGCAGCACUGUCAUCAACCCACUUAUAUACAUCCUGAUGAACAAACAGUUCUACAGGUGCUUCUGCAUAAUGUUCUGCUGUAGGAGGAGUUUAAUGCAGAAUGGCCAUUCCUCCAUGCCUUCCAAGACCACAGCCAUCCAACUCAACCGCAGAGUCCACAGUAAUACUGUUGCCUGCACCGCUCAGAUCUCCACGGGCAUCCAUGACUGCAGCACUCCGGCCACAGAGAGGUCCAACCCUCCAGAGGUUACCACCUAACCUGAGCGGAGCCAACAGUUACGACAUCAAACAAUGUAGAUAAUGGGGAAACUUUAUCCCAAAAGACCAAACACCUUAUGCAUAAAACAGAGAUGAACAUUCCACUUGGGAUCCAGAACAAGGAAUUCUCAGAGGGACUACCCCCCC